AUGUUGUUAAAAUUUAUUAUUUUUAUUUUAAUAUUUUUGAAUAAAUAUACAGAAAGUAAAAAUGAUAUAUCAGUUAAUGGGACUUUAAAUGUGUCAAAUUUAAAAAUAUCGUCUAAAGAUAAUCGAGAUAAUGGAAUAAUUUUCAAAAAUCAAGAAACUGAAUAUAAGUUAGGGUUAACAACACAAAAUGAAUUUAUUAUAAGCAAGAAAAAUAAACCUAUGAUAAGUAUUGAUGAACAUGAUAAUUUAAAUUUUUUAAAUCCCGAUUUAUCUGUUAAAGUAUUAAAUGUAGAUGGGUUAUUAAAAAUUAAAAAUAUACCCCAAUUUAAUAUGAUAAUACAUGAAAGUUUUUCAAAUAAUUCAAAUACUAAAGGCUGGAUAGGAGAAAAUUUUGAUAAUUUUACAUCAAAAUGUGGUGGAAUUAAUUUAUUAGGAGGUUAUGGCAAAUUAUCUAAAGGAACUAUUUCUAAAACAUUUGAAGAUAUUCCUAGUCAUAUUCAAAUACGUAUUAAAUCGAAUUUUCAUUUUAUUGAUAAUUGGAAUAAUCAAACAGCUUACUUAAAAAUUGGAACACAACAAAAUGAACUUUUUUAUAUUUGGACUGAUACACAUUCAAAUCUUAAUAAAAAUAAUUCUAUUAAUAUAUGUGGAAACCCAACUUCUGAAACUAAAUAUUUUUCUAUAAUUGAUGUAAUUAUUCCUCAUAAUUCAAGCACACUUUUUGUUGAAUUUGGUACAAAUAUUCAGGAGGAUAAUCCAAAUGAUAUAUCAUGGGGAAUAUCUAAUUUUCAAUUAUUUAUUAUUUGA